CUUGCCCUGUCAUUCGAACAAGGCGAGUGCAGAGUUCAAAUGACGUCACUGUCAAUAACCUAGUGCUGCCUGCCGACGUGGCGCAGAGGGAGGUGGAAGGGGAAAGUAGACAAACCCGGCUGACAACAGAACGGACAUGAAUCAAAAUGUCACAGGGUUACACCAUGGAAAGUGUUUCUACUGAACUUAACAGUCAAUUGUCAGACCCCACUGACAGUGAUGCAUCAUUUGUGAAAGAAACAGAGCUACAUAGUGAAGCCUCUGAGGCAAUAAAUGAACCCUUAGAAACAGCAGACAAGGGUGGUGGGCACCACGCUGAGGAAUGCUCUGUCCAGCCAGGGGAAGAGACAGAGGGACCAGCUGAAAGUACAGCCCCCACAGAGAAGGGCUUGUCGGGGAGUCAGCUGACCGAGUGCACGGAGUCAGUGAGCCUGGAAGCAGAGGCUGCGAAUGAAACAACACUGGACAGACAGGAUGCUCAGGAGUCAACUGCAUCCACAGAGGGGAGAAGGUGGGGUAGCUGGGGCUCAUGGGGAAAGUCCCUUUUGACAACGGCAACGACCACUGUUGGUCAAGGGAUAACAGCAGUCAAAGAAAAGGCAGCCACACUUACCAUCCACAGCAGCUCUUCAACUUCUGAGGAGAGCAAGCAGUCUGGAAGUAAUGAAGGGACAAUACCAGGUGUUCCUGAAGAUCUGGGUCUAACUGAAUCUCCUCCCUCAUCUGCUUCAUCUGGGUCACGUGGAAUGUUGUCAACCAUUACAAACGCAGUUCAAAAUACAGGUAAGUCUGUGAUUACUGGUGGUCUGGGUGCAUUGGAAUUUAUUGGUAAGAAGACAAUGAACGUCCUCGCAGAGAGUGACCCUGGCUUCAAGAAGACCAAAAUACUGAUGCAGAGAACUGUAACUUUGUCACAGAUGUUAAGGGAAGCAAAAGAUAAGGAGAAGGAGAGAAUUGGCAAUCAAGUUGUAAUGGAGAGGACAGCGCACUAUGGAAUACUCUUUGAUGAUUUCCAGGGCUUAUCUCAUCUGGAGGCUCUAGAGAUUCUCUCAAAUGAAAGUGAAUUCAAGGUUCAGUCCGUCUUAAUGUCAAUUGAAGGAGAAGAAUUAGAAACUUUGAAAAGGGAUCUGAUUACAAUUAAAGAAAUCUUCCAGGAGAAGGAUUUUGAAAAAGAUGAAGAUGAAAAAGCUUCUGAAGAAGAAGAGUUUGCGAGCAUAAUAACAGAGCUACUUUUUGAACUGCAUGUUGCUGCCGCUCCUGACAAACUCAACAAGGCAAGAAAAAGAGCCCAUGACUGGGUAAACAAAGUGGAUCUUUUAGCAAUGGAAAGUGAGGAAAACCCGAAAGAAGAAAACACAGAAUUAGGCGGUAAAAAAGAUGAGGAAACAAGUAAAGCAGAGGAAGAUAAUUCAAAGUCUGUUGGGGAUAUCUACAUGUCAUCAGUUGAAAGCAUGGCUGAGGUGACAGCUCGUAGUAUUGAACAGCUUCACAAAGUGGCAGAGCUAAUUCUGCAUGGACAAGAUGUAGAGAAGCCAGCUCUGGAUCAGGCCAGAAUCCUUACCAGGCUAACAGGGGCUAUGUGCAAGGAGGUAUCUUCCCUUUCUAAGAAGUUUUCUGACACUUUGACUGCAGCAGGGAGCAAACUAAAGGCAGAGGUCCUAACCCCCUGGAUUAACAGUGUGUUAUUAGAGGGAUCAAACAGCACCACCUACAUUCAGGAUGCUUUCCAGUUGCUUCUUCCAGUAUUACAGAUCUCACAUUUACAGAUUACCAGCUCUAAAACACCCAGUGAACGCUAGGGUUCUUGUUUGAAAAAGACUAUAUUAUUAUUAUUGGAAAUCUUAUGAUAUACACUGCAAAGCAACAGUAACAUAUUAUAAUAUAAUUCUUUCACUAUACUAAAAUAGUAGUGAUCUAUAUUUCCAUUAUGAAGGCAAACCUAUAUUGUUUAAUAGCCCUGUUACACAGACAAAUGCCACAGUAGUGUAUAGUGCUUAAAUUGAUACUGUAUUUACAGCACUACUUUUAGCAAAUUAGAACAUGUUGAGGCUGAGAUUUUAUAAAGGUACACUAUUUGUGUUGCUAAUCAUCAAACUAGUUGGAUGUGAUACAAGGGCUUUAUGCAAAACAUUAGCAUUACAACAAAAAACAAACAUUUGCAAGUCUUUACAAAACAGUGCAAUUAUGCAUAUUUAAAUGAUGUGAUGUAAUAGAUUUUAUAAUGUUGCAUGGUGUAGUAAUCAAGAUUUUUUAUAACUGUCAGAUUAUCAUUAAUAUAUGUAAGAACUGACUGAAAUCGUUGUACAACAUACGUUAUUGUGAAUCACAACUGCAUUUUUAUAUUUAAAUGCUGAGUCUGUUGCUCUUGCACUUUGUAAAAUUAAUAGAAUAAAUACACUUUUAGUAUAUGCCUUUGGUUUAAAACAAUUUAACUUAACAGGCGCGGAUGUAAAUACCGUUGUUUAAAUAAUCAAAACCAGACCCUCCCUAGCAUUUUAAAACAAUGAAUUACCUAAUUACCUAGCAUUUGUUGUAUUUACAGGAUAUAUGCAACAAUGUUAUCAAUUCAGUCCUCUUCCCCCGUGUUCUAACUAAUUUGCUGAACAUUUAACUGCAUACAUGGUUAGCUAAAUGUUUGUUAUGAUGCAUGGUAGAUAUUAUGAUCAAUGUAUGUAACAUUUCUAAAUUCCUUGUUUUGGCACCUAGUGCAACAUUUUUAUAUCCCUAAUUAGAUGUUUGUUUGUUUUUAUUUACCAUGAAAUGAAUGAAUUAACCUAACUGAUUUGUCAAAUGAAUUGUGUGAUACAGAACUAAAUCAUUUAAAAAAGAUUUUAUAUAAUAUGAAAGUAUGACUUUUUUCAAAACAUAUCAGAAGUAGAGCAACACUAAUUUGUAUUCCGUGAACACAUUGAUCAAUUAAUUUAAUCCAAUUAUAUACAGUUCCAAGUUCCCAAUUUAUUUCAUGGACAAUUUCCCAAAAUGAUUAGCUUCACCUAAAAAGUUAAUUGAAUUGGGCCCUAGGACGAUAACAUUGAUAAAUAAUCUAGUUCCCAUCAUUUCUAGUCACUUAUAAUUAACAUUUUGUGUAUUACUUAAAAAGAAACGACCAUUAUGUUGGUGCAUGCCUAAUAUUGAUAUUGUUAAGUAGCCAUUUAAAAAGAAAAUGAAAACAUAUACUGUACAACCACUUCUUACCAAAAGCAUUUAAAUACAAAAUAAAAUAAUGCCAUAUUUAACUGUAUGUGUGUGUAUUAAUGUAAUAUAUUUUAUAGGGAAUGCUGGAUUUGCAGGUAUUUGUUCCAAACACCAAACAGUAUGAUCCUCUCUCUAUUAAAUACAUUAUAAAUAUGUAUAUGAAGCACUGAAAAAGAAAGAAAAAAUAUGUAUUCAAUUAUGUAAAUCAACAAAUAAUAAUGCAUAAUACAUACUGUAUAGGGGGUCAUGUGUCAAGCAUUUGCGACGACAUUAAGGCCGUAGCGUCGAGUUUACGCUGGCCUUAGAAUUGCCCUGUAUGUAUCAUGACACUUUUGGCUAGUUAAGGUCGUGUUAGCACCACCAAAAUGCGCUCCGCUGUGCAAUGCGCUCCACCGCUCAUUAGCUAUGCGUUUUGAGGCGUAUCAAGCCUUAAUUAUAUGCAUGGCCAAAUUGUAGGUGGGGCUUAUUUGUAAAUGAAGUUUGUGACAUUAAAAUCACAUUUAUGAAGCUGCAGAAUAGCUGCGCCGACCCUAAAAAGGGUCCACAAAAAGUCAGAUUUCAAAUUGGUCUUAUUUGGGCGCAAAAGUCAGAAAGCUGCUGAUAGGAAAGAACAUUAUGGCAGCAGUCAUAAUGUAUUUCUUACGACAGAGAGUGCAGACUCCUAACCUUCCUGAACAACCCAGGAACAGAGGGAAGAGUACUGAGAAGAAGGGAGAGUAUUUAGGGUCCGCAUUACCCUUUUUGAUCUCCCUGAGGAUGAACUUAUAGCUCAAUACCAGCUAUUUCAUUAUGUACAAUUAUUUGUAUUCAUCAUAUAAUGAACUUAACACCAAAGUCAUUGUAUUUAUCUUGCUCUUAAUUGUAUUAUUACUUGUACUGUGAUUCUUGAAAUGUAUUUUUGUUUACGACUGUAAGUCGCCCUGGAUAAGGGCAUCUGCUAAGAAAUAAAUAAUAAUAAUAACUUG